AUGAAGAAACCCAGCGUUGUUGAGGUUCUAAUCUUGGUGAUGAUGGCGGCCCUCCUUUCUCUCACGGCAGCAAUAUCUGCGGUAGCUGAAGGCGACGACGGGAACGGCGACGGCCGUGGAGGCGGCGGCGGCAGUGCUGCUGCUGUUUCCACCUUCACCAACACGUCACCUUCGCCAGGUCAUUCUUGGGAUGCCGAUCGCCCUCCGUUUCCGGAUCCUGUGAUUUGUAUCUGUUUGCUGAUUAAUAUGCUGAAUAUCGCGUUGAAGCUUUGGAAGUCAUACGUGCUAGGCGAGUUGUUCUGA